GCAUUGUGUGUGUGUGGACACGAUAAGGUUAGGUGGGAUUUACAUUGUGGGGCCUAAUAAAGUGGGUACAAAUACGACUUGAGACAGUAACGUUAAAUACUCACCUUCUUGAAAAGCAGUCUUUUGGGAGUCGCCUGCAGUCUCAACAAUGUUAGCUAAUCUAAUGCUCCAACUUUUUAAACGGUCAAUGGCGCGACUACCGACACUUCUCACGACAAAAAAAGUAUCGUUAGGGGGACAUUUGAAUACGUUUUAAAUAAAAUAGUCAUUUACUAAGUGUUAGAAAGGAAUAAGGUUUGAGUGAACAGUCACGACGAAACGUAGUUUCGAAAUGUGUGCUUCGAGCUAACACUAGCUUAAAUGCUACCUUCAAUUCACAAACUGAUCGUCAACAUCCAUUAAACUGAGCUACAACAAUGCAUUAGCUGGGAGUGGGCGUCGUUGUCAUGGCAGAAAGUGAAAUGCUAUUACCCCCUGACCUGCCUAAUUUCCUUUUUUUGGACUUUUCAAAAGUUGUGUUUCUUUCCACUGUGUCCCGUGAAUCGACCAAACGCGCUGUCGGAUUGUCAAUCUUCCUGGAGCGGUUGCCAGGUAACAGGGCCUGUGCGGCGUUCAAGACCCAACAGCGAAGAUGGGGAAAUUCUUUAUAGUCGUUCCAAAAGUGUUUUACGUCACUGUAGCGCAUGUAUCGAUCAAUAACAGCACUUGUAUUCAUUAUAAAAAACAUUGGAUUUUUAAGACUAGCGUAAACUAACCAAAACAUACAGUGACGAUAUGAUUAUUAUUAUAUUUUUACACUAUGCAUGAAAUGUCCUACAUACGUUCACUCAACAGUAAAUAUAGUGAUUAUUAUUUUUACUCUCAUUGGGGAUGUACCAAAUAUGUAUUUACAACACUAUGUUUCAUUCCUGAAAUAAUUGGCAAAAAAAAGGCUGUAUAAAACGUAUUCAAGAUUGGAAGUCGGUGCAAAAAUGUACAUGACGUCACCUUCUUAAAGCUCAUAGCAGCGUGGCAAAAAAAAUGUCUCUACAACAUAGCAUAAGCAAACAUAUUUAAAAACAAUAUAACCAAUUUGGUGUUUCUGGCAAAAAUAUCUAUCAAUUAUCAUAUUUUUUUAAGGCAAAGAAGACACACAGUUACGAGAUUCCGCAUUACGUCAUCGCAGAGAGGCCACUCUGUGCGCCUUUGCACGAACAUUAUUACCACAACACCAGCUCGGCGAGGAGGAGGAGUGCUAGGAGGGCACCACCGCUCGUAGUGAUGCGGCUCCUGGCUACAAAGCACGCCUGAUCGCUGGUGCAGGACACGGCCGUGCUGUGGUGGGAUUCCUGGCGGUGGGAGAUGUUGACAUGCCUCGAAAUACAUUCUGAAUGAUUGAAGACUGCGGGCGGAGCAGGGACAACAUGGCGGAUAGAAGGCAACUGCUUGUGGAGAUGAGGGCUCAGGACUUGGACUCCAUACGUCUGUCAACAUACAGGACAGCCUGCAAGCUCAGAUUUGUGCAGAAGAAAUGCAACUUGCAUUUGAUCGACAUCUGGAACCUCAUCGAGGCCUUCAGAGAGAACGGCCUCAACACCAUGGACGUCAACGCCGAGCUCCCCGUGGCCCGCCUGGAAGUGGUGCUCUCCACCGUACUGUACCAGCUCAACAAACGCAUGCCCACAACUCACCAAAUUAACGUGGAUCACUCCAUCAGCAUGCUGCUCAACUUCCUGCUGGCAGCCUAUGACCCGGAUGGACAUGGAAAGAUAUCGGUCUUUGUUGUGAAGAUGGCGUUAGCAACAUUCUGUGGAGGCAAAAUUCUGGAUAAAUUAAGAUACAUUUUUUCACAGAUAUCGGAUUCGGCAGGAAUCAUGGCGUAUUCGCAGUUUGACCAGUUCCUGAGGGAGGUUCUCAAGCUACCCAUGGCCGUCUUUGAGGGUCCGUCGUUUAGAUACACGGAGCAAGCUGCCAAAAGCUGUUUCGCGCAGCAGAAGGUCUCCCUCAACACUUUCUUGGACACGUUGAUGUCAGACCCGCCUCCUCAGUGUCUGGUGUGGUUACCGCUCAUGCACCGGCUCACCAACGUAGAAAACGUCUUUCACCCGGUCGAAUGCUCCUACUGCCAUACUGAGAGUAUGAUGGGCUUCCGCUACCGCUGCCAGCAAUGUCAUAAUUACCAGCUCUGUCAGGACUGCUUCUGGAGGGGGCAUGCCAGCGGUUCCCAUAGCAACCAGCAUCAAAUGAAGGAGUAUACAUCAUGGAAAUCCCCCGCCAAGAAGCUGUCCCAUGCCCUCAGCAAGUCGCUAAGCUGUGCAUCCAGCAGAGAGCCUCUUCACCCCAUGUUCCCCGAAAUGCCAGAGAAACCUCUCAACCUUGCGCAUAUAGUGCCACCAAGACCCAUGAACGUCUCCAGUGAAUACUCAUUUUCCAACUCCAUGCCUACAUCAGGGAACCCGUACUCCACCAAAAAGAGUCAGGAUGUUGAACAUCUGUUGAAAGGCAGAGGCUUACACUGCAACCUGGAUGCGGUGGACAGACUCGCAGACGAGCACAUUCUCAUUGGGCUGUAUGUGAAACUACUUCGAAACAACCCUAAAACACGUUUGCUAGAGAGCAGCAACCAUCAAGACGAGGAGCACAGCCUCAUCGCACGCUACGCCGCUCGCCUGGCUGCUGAUGCUGCGGCUCAGCAGCAGCAGCAGAGAGUCCCCCCAGACCUGCCGUACUCUCUGGAUGGCAACAAACAGCAGAAGCAGCUCAUCGCCGAGCUGGAGAGUAAAAACAGAGAAAUCCUGCAGGAAAUCCAACGACUGCGCGUCCAGCAUGAAGAGGCCUCACAGCCGCCUCCUGACAGUGGUCAGCAGAACCCCACUCUGCUGGCCGAGUUACGACUUCUCAGGCAACGCAAAGAUGAGCUCGAACAAAGAAUGUCGAGCCUGCAGGAGAGUCGCAGGGAACUCAUGGUGCAGCUGGAGCAGCUAAUGAUGCUUCUCAAGCUAGCUGAGGAACAGAAACAAGCUACUCAGGGUCCCGGCUCGCCACGCUCCUCCCCCAGCCACACCAUCAGCAGGCCCAUCCCCACACCCAUCCACUCCGACUCGGCCGGCACCACUCCGACUCACACACCUCAGGACUCCCUCAUGGGCGUGGGAGGCGACGUUCAGGAGGCCUUCGCUCAGGGAGCCAGGAGAAAUUUGAGAAACGACCUCCUCGUCGCAGCUGACUCCAUAACCAAUACAAUGUCGUCACUGGUAAAGGAGUUAAAUUCAGAGGGUGGAAGCGAGACGGAGAGCACUGUGGACUCCGAUUUCGGCCGCGGCGACAUCUUUGCAACAACAACCUCAGAACCGUUGUUCAGCUAUAAACCCAGGAAUGCGGCAGAGGAGGAGGAGGAAGAGCAGGACCGCUACGAGAACGACCUGGAGCGGCAGCUGGAAGACGAGCUCAAGUUGGAGAAGCUGAUGAAGCACAGGCAGGAGGCGGAAGAGACCUGCAUGGUGACACUGCAGCAGUGACGGUGUUGGUCCAGGACACUGGUGAGCAAUAUCAAAAGCAACAAUAAGUGAGGACGCUGAACACAACAACACUGGCUGGAUCCUAGCCUGGAAUAGACUUGUGUAAAGAUUAUAUAUAUUUUUAACCAACCUCAUAAUUAAGGUGAAACUGUGAGCUGUUCAAAGUCAAGAGAUUAUAAUAAUCACCAAGCGCUCUAUUACUCUAUACCACAGGUGCCAUAUCUUCAUGUAAUUAUUAUUAUUAUUAUUAUGCUUUGUGUUUGGGUUGUCCAGCAGAUGUAGAAAUGUACGGUUGUAAAUGUGUGUUGUUUAUUUUAAAUAUAUAUUUCCAGCCACGUCACUUUCGUACUAUUUUUGUCACGUGUAUUUUUUUAUUUGCAACAUUAGUACUAUUAUUAUUAUUAAUAAUGCACACUUCUUUAGCUGUUUGAGGGAACUCUCUGUGGAGCUGCCAGUUCAGCAUGUAGCCAACAACAAAGCAAUUUUCACUGGAAAGAAAUGCAUAAGUACUGUAAAAGCUAAGAUGUAAUUACUUUAAUGUGGUUGUUACUGUUGAUUAAAUGAUGUAAAAAAAUAAAUAAAUAGUAAAUUAGAAAAAAAAAAUCCACUUUUAAGAGCAUUCAACAAAUUUGUUUAUAAUCUGGUUUCUAAAUGAAUGUUUUGGUUGUUGUUUUAUGUGUCAACACGCCACACAUUCUAGUUCGUGUAAUACCAUCAUUGUGUGCAGUAUAUCUAGUUUUGGGGACUUUUCAGCUAAGUUCAUAGCAGUGAUUUUUGCAUGGCGGUGAUGCAUAAUAAAAGUGUUGACGCGA